AUGGGUUUGUCCGUUGAGCUCAAGACCCCGGUGACGGGCACCUACACCCAGCCUACCGGACUCUUCAUCAACAACGAGUGGGUCGAGGGCGUUGACAAGCAGACCUUCGAGGUCAUCAACCCCUCCACCGAGGAGGUCAUCACCUCGGUUCACGAGGCUACCGAGAAGGAUGUCGACAUCGCCGUCGCCGCCGCCCGCAAGGCCUUCGAGGGUGACUGGAGGAAGGUCGCCCCCAGCCAGCGUGGCGUACUCCUGAACAAGCUCGCCGAACUGGCCGAGAAGAACACCGACCUUCUCGCCGCCGUCGAGUCCCUCGACAACGGAAAGUCCAUCUCCAUGGCCAAGGGCGACGUUGCCGCCGUUGUCGGCUGCCUGAGAUACUACGGCGGCUGGGCCGACAAGAUCGAGGGCAAGACCAUCGACGUCGCCCACGACAUGUUCCACUACACCCGCUCCGAGCCUAUCGGUGUCUGCGCCCAGAUCAUCCCCUGGAACUUCCCCCUCCUGAUGCUUUCCUGGAAGAUCGCCCCGGCCUUGGCCACCGGUAACACCAUUGUCAUGAAGACCGCCGAGCAGACCCCGCUGUCCGCCCUCGUCUUCGCCAACCUCGUUAAGGAGGCCGGCUUCCCCCCCGGUGUCUUCAACCUCAUCAACGGCUUUGGCAAGGUCGCCGGCGCCGCCCUCUCCGCCCACAUGGACGUCGACAAGAUCGCCUUCACCGGCUCCACCCUCGUCGGUCGCCAGAUCAUGAAGGCCGCCGCCAGCUCCAACCUCAAGAAGGUCACCCUCGAGCUCGGCGGUAAGUCCCCCAACAUCGUCUUCAACGACGCCGACAUUGAGCAGGCCAUUUCGUGGGUCAACUUCGGCAUCUACUACAACCACGGCCAGUGCUGCUGCGCCGGCACCCGCAUCUUCGUCCAGGAGGGCAUCUACGACAAGUUCCUCGCCGCCUUCAAGAAGCGCGCCGAGCAGAACAAGGUCGGCGACCCCUUCCACCCCGAGACCUUCCAGGGCCCCCAGGUCAGCCAGCUGCAGUUCGACCGCAUCAUGGGCUACAUCCAGGCCGGCAAGGAGGAGGGCGCCACCCUCGAGACGGGCGGCGAGAGGCACGGCGACAAGGGCUACUUCAUCCAGCCCACCAUCUUCAGCAACGUCCGCCCCGACAUGAAGAUCAUGCAGGAGGAGAUCUUCGGCCCCGUCUGCGCCAUCUCCAAGUUCAAGGACGAGGACGAGGUUAUCAAGCUCGGAAACGACACCACCUACGGCCUCGCCGCCGCCGUCCACACCACCAACCUUAACACCGCCAUCCGCGUGAGCAACGCCAUCAAGGCCGGUACCGUCUGGGUCAACUGCUACAACAUGCUCUCGUACCAGGUUCCCUUUGGCGGUUUCAAGGAGUCCGGAAUCGGCAGAGAGCUCGGCGAGGCCGCCCUCGCAAACUACACCCAGAACAAGUCUGUUGCGAUCCGUCUGGGUGGUGCUCUGUUCUAA